UGUAGUGGACAAGAGAGAACAAAAGAGUUGUUGGGCUUUUGGGGCAUGAAGGAGUGGAGUUCAAUUUUCUGUUGUCUGUAUCGUCAAAACACAACCAUUAUCUCUCCCGUUAUUAGAGAGCCAAGCCAUGACCAGCUCUACCUCUCGCAAGGCUCUAAGCAAGAUUGCUUGCAAUCGACUCCAGAAAGAACUAGUAGAAUGGCAGGUCAAUCCGCCCGCUGGAUUCAAACACAAAGUCACCGAUAAUCUUCAAAGGUGGGUAAUUGAAGUAAAUGGAGCUCCAGGAACUCUCUAUGCUAACGAAACCUUCCAGCUUCAGGUGGAUUUUCCGGAGCAUUAUCCUAUGGAAGCUCCACAGGUUAUAUUUCUGCAUCCAGCUCCUCUGCACCCUCAUAUUUAUAGCAACGGUCAUAUUUGUUUAGAUAUUCUGUACGAUUCUUGGUCCCCAGCCAUGACUGUUAGUUCUAUCUGUAUCAGCAUCCUUUCAAUGCUAUCAAGUUCAAAAGUGAAGCAACGUCCAGAAGAUAACGAUCGCUAUGUAAAGAACUGUAGAAAUGGCAGAUCUCCUAAGGAGACCAGAUGGUGGUUCCAUGAUGACAAAGUGUAAUCACAAUAUCGUCUUCCACAUCCUUGAAAUAGCUUAGACGCUUCUCUUCUUUAAAGAAAAUGCGAACACAAAGAAGGGCGAGGUGGGAAAGGAAAACAGGGUCAGUUUCUAUCUUAAUUGCCAUGCCGAUCAUUGGCAAUGCCUGGUAUUUGUAAAUGAGGAACAACUUCUUUGUGGCUACUCAAAGCUCUAGCUUAUGCUCUGUUUUACAAUUAUAAAUAAUGACGGAGUUCAUAAUUUAAUCGAUGUUUCUGCUAGUAUCACUGAAAGAAUCUUGAUAUAUAGUGUUAUCGUAUCCUUGUAGAAGUUGUGAAUUUGUAUUUUAGUGAUUCCUAUUAAAUACAGGGAUCACCUCAUUUCA